AUGGGAGACGAAUAUGAUAUAUAUAUUUCGAGACGAUUAAUAACUGAUUAUACUAGUGGAUUUAUUCGACAAUUGCUGUAUUGGUAUGAUACGUAUACCGUAAAUCUAUUUGGAUAUUACGCAUUAGAGUUCCCACUUAUGCUAAUUAAAAGGAAUAAAGUGGUUUAUUAUCAGUACAUGAUCUUAAAUGAAAAAAUAGAAAAUUUAAAAGAUGAGUUUAAUUUUGAACUUAAUUAUAAAAAUAUUGUUGAUUGUAUUAAAAGUCAUAUCAAUUUAACAAAAUUGUCCGAAUAUCUUUUAAUAGGCCAUCCAAAACGUGGAGCUGUUUUACCAAUAUUACUUACAGAAACAGUUUUCUUACAAAUUUCGUCGGUGUAUUUUAUUCUAGCGGAAAUUAGUCCCAGAAGCAAUUUCAGAUUCGUUAUAACUCUAAUGUUCACACUUUACAUUACUGGAAAAUUUUUUCAAGCUGGACAAGAAAUAAAAGACGCAUUAGGAAAAAUCUGUCAGACGAUUUAUAAUACUGAUUGGUACAAUUGGGACAAUCGCAGCAAAAAAGCAUUACUGAUGAUGUUAAGACAAUGUUCUAGACCUCUUUCUUUUUCACUGUUUUCAAUUAUAGAUUUGGAUUAUAAGGAGGUACCUGCAGUAAGUAUACAUUAA